UCUCCCCCGAUAUCACCAACAUAAAAGUGGCGACGAGGAAAUUUGGUAAAAAAAAAAAGUGAUACACACGCAGAGCAACAAUUCCUUCCUCACGCAAACGCCGUCGUACGGACUCAUCGAUGGAGGAAGAGCAGCGCCGUCUCUCGCAGCAGUUCGAAACCCCGGGUACUGCGUUACUACAACCCGGAUACGGCCAACCGCUCCCGCCAAACGCUCCAGCGGUCGAGCAGCAGGGAUCUCAAGCGUCCUCGGUACAUUUUUCGCCAUCGCUAUCAUCAGCGCCCACAAGCCUUCAUCCGCCAUCGCUCGCUCCAGCCGCUUCGAUGCAGCACCCGCCAUCGCUACCAGGCGUGUCACAAAACGGUGAGCCAACAAUGUAUCAAAUAAUGCAGCUUCUACGCCAAUUAAUGACAAAAAUUGAGCAACAGCCGCCAGCAUCACUGCCCACAAACGCAUCGCAGCAGCAGCUACCAGUAGUGCAUCCGCCAAGUGCAUCACAGCAGCAACCACUAGUAUCGGAAAUCGCGUCGCAGCCGCAGCAGCAGCGUCGGUCAGCUCCAGCCAAUCCGGAGCAAAUCCUGGACUCGCUGGCGAGAAACAUCACCGAAUUCCGCUUCGAGGCUGAAGCCGGUCUAACGUUCGAGGCGUGGUACUCGCGCUACGAGGAUCUGUUCGUCAGUGAUGCAGCCAGGAUUGACGAUGCGGCCAAGGUACGAAUGCUUAUGCGGAAGCUAGGAUCAAUGGAGCAUGAGAGGCCAUUUUCGGCAAGGCAGAAUCCCUUUUAACUAAACGCUACAAAUGCAUGCAAAUCGUCAAAACGAAAGCUGAGGAUUUUUUGGCCUACGCAUGUCGAGUCAAUCGGGCAUGUGUUGAUUUUGAGCUGAACCGCAUGGGUGAAGAACAGCUCAAGUGUCUGAUUUUUGUAUGUGGGCUGAAAGAAGACACGGAUAGAGAUUUUCGGGUAAAGCUGCUCUCGCGUAUCGAGGAACAUGCUGAAAUCACCCUCGAGCAAUUAUCGGCGGAGUGUAGUCGUCUGGUGGCAUUAAAGAAGCAAAAUGCGAUGAUCAUUGGAGAAAAAGAGGAGCGAGUGUUGGCAAUUCAAAAUGGCGCGCGCCGUAGCCAUCAUGGGUUUCGCGGCAAAGGAUUGCGCUCGCGUCCCAUACAUCGUGAUGACCGGUCGGGAAAACCAAGUAACCCUUGUUGGUUCUGUGGAGCUUUGCAUUGGGUGAAGGAUUGUCCGCAUACUAACCAUAAGUGUCGUGAAUGCGGUGAAGUUGGUCAUCUGGAGGAACGCUGCCGCAAGCAGAAGCAUCGGGCUGGCCGAAAGUUUUAUCGCCCAACGCGAUUUGCUAAAACCGUCACGGUGUGCAGCGUACGGGCUAGUCGCAAGUUUGUGGAAGUUUCCAUCAAUGGAGUUGGCAUCCGGUUGCAGCUAGAUACGGGUUCAGAUAUAUCGGUCAUAGGUCGUUCAGCGUGGGAGAAAGUAGGGAAGCCGUCAUUGGUGCAGCCUACCGUUUGCGCAAAGACUGCCUCUAAUGAGAGGCUGGAGCUACUUGGCGAGUUUAGAGCAGAGGUUGCCAUUUGCAAUGCUACAAAGCCGGCGAUCAUCCGUGUGGCUCAAGUCGAUUUAUUGUUACUGGGAGCAGACUUGAUUGACCUUUUUGCUCUUAGCGCCGUUCCAAUGGAUGUGUUUUGCGCCAAAGUUUCGACGACCGCACAGAUUCAGAUUCUCUGCAAGGAGUUGCAGAGCCGUUUUCCGGAAGUUUUUCGUGGCACAGGGCUUUGCACGAAAGCGCAGAUCAAGCUGCAGCUUAAGGAUAAUUGCCGUCCAGUGUUCCGCCCGAAGCGACCGGUUGCAUACGCAAUGCAGGCUACAGUAGAGGAAGAGCUCGAUCGCCUGGUCAAGAUGAAUGUGAUCACACCUGUUGAUUACUCGGAAUGGGCGACACCAAUAGUCGUCGUACGCAAAAGCAGUGGAGCUAUUCGAAUCUGCGGCGAUUAUUCGACGGGGUUGAACGAUGCGUUGCGUCCGCAUGAAUAUCCGUUACCGCUCCCCGAUGAUAUUUUUGCAAGAUUGGCCCAUUGCGAAUUUUUUAGCAAAGUGGAUUUGUCAGACGCAUUUUUGCAAGUUGAGAUUGAAGAGCGUUACAGGCCCCUUUUAACGAUCAACACGCAUCGAGGUCUUUACCUUUACAAUCGUCUGCCUCCUGGAUUAAAGGUUGCGCCAGCCGCGUUCCAGCAGAUAAUGGAUGCGAUGCUCGCCGGAUUGUGUUACACUUCUGGCUAUCUGGACGACGUUGUUGUCGGGGGAAGAACUGAAGAAGAGCACGAUGAAAAUCUCAACAAGGUGCUUCAGCGUAUUAAAGAAUUUGGGUUUACUAUCAAAGCUGAGAAGUGUGCUUUUAAGACGCAUCAGAUAGAGUACCUCGGGCACAUAAUUGAUCGUACUGGCCUUAGACCAAAUCCAAAGAAAAUUGAUGCUAUUGUAAACCUACCAGCUCCAUCAAAUGUGAAUGAAGUCCGCUCGUUUUUGGGUGCCAUUAAUUACUACGGAAAAUUUGUGCCUAACAUGCGAAAUUUGAGAUACCCCCUGGAUAACUUGUUGAAAGAUGGCAAUCAGUUUGUAUGGACGAAGCAGUGCGGAGAGGCCUUCAGAAAGUUCAAGGAAAUAUUAAAGUCUGAUCUGCUUCUGACACAUUAUGACCCUACGGCUGAAAUCAUAGUAGCCGCAGACGCCUCAUCGGUUGGGCUCGGAGCCACCAUUAGCCACAAGUUUCCGGAUGGAUCAAUAAAGGUGGUGCAGCACGCGUCACGGGCUCUAACGAAAGCAGAAGAGGGGUACAGCCAGAUUGACCGCGAAGGACUGGCUAUCAUCUUUGCAGUAACCCGAUUCCACAAGAUGCUUUAUGGCAGGCAUUUCCGCCUCCAAACCGACCACAAGCCAUUGCUGCGCAUCUUUGGAUCAAAAAAGGGAAUUCCUGUGUAUACUGCCAACCGGCUGCAGCGGUUCGCUCUAGCGCUGCAGCUAUACGACUUCGAAAUCGAGUACAUACCCACGGAUAAAUUCGGCAAUGCAGACCUGCUGUCGCGGCUCAUCAGCAAGCACGCGAAACCGGAGCAGGAGUACAUGAUCGCGAGUAUUGAGCUUGAGGAGGCUGUAAAUCACGUAGCCAUACAUUCGCUAAAAGUCUUUCCGAUUCAUUUUGAAGAGGUUGCAGCAGCUACGAAAAAGGACCCUCUACUGCGCGAAGUGUACCGCUACGUCCAAUCGGGUUGGCCAGGUAAGGUCAGUUAUGGUGCGGAAUUGGCCCAAUUCCACAACAGAAGGGAAGCACUGACGACCGUUGGCGACUGUAUCCUCUUCGGAGAGAGGAUUGUGAUUCCCGCAGCUUUGCAGCAGAGAUGCCUUAGACAGCUUCAUCAAGGGCAUCCGGGCAUCCAGCGAAUGAAGGCGAUUGCACGCAGUUUCGUGUAUUGGCCAUCAUUGGACAGCGACAUCGCCGAUCGAGUUGCUUCAUGCGAAGCAUGCCAGGCUGCGGCGAAAUCACCACCAUCCCAGAUACCAUCAUGUUGGCCGAAGCCACCUGGGCCUUGGCACCGCGUACACAUCGAUUACGCUGGACCUGUGGAGGGAGCCUAUUUCCUGAUUGCGGUAGAUGCCUACUCCAAGUGGCCGGAAAUCAUUAAAACUGCAAGUAUUACCUCAUUCGCUACAAUAUCUAUUUUGCGAGGAAUAUUUGCCAGAUUUGGACCGCCAGUUACAUUGGUCAGCGACAACGUCCAACGGCCAGGCAGAGCGAUUUGUGGAUACCUUCAAGCGAUCACUGAAGAAAAUACGGGCGAGGAACGUGUCCCUUGAAGAGGCCCUGGACUUGUUUCUUCUCACGUAUCGCUCAACACCAAAUCCUGCUUUGGACCAGCGCACACCAGCCGAAGUGAUGUUUGGAAGAACGACCAGGACAAUUCAUCAUCUAUUGCGCCCUCCUGCAGCAUCGGAGUCUACAGCGA